CGUUUUAGAUGCGUCGCGGUGAUCCCGCAAAUGGGCAUCUUUACAGUGUGAAAUGGAGGUGCAAGAGAGCGAAGAGGUGGUUGUGAAUUGCGAGAAUGACAGUGGCGUUGUGUUCAGGGAGUCCCUGUGUGCAAUCCUUACAUCUCUCACAAAUUUUCAGUCGAAGCUUAAUUUGCCAAAAGAGGCAUUGAAAGUUGAGGCCGAUCCAAGCAAACUUCCCACUCAGCUAGCAUCCCAGCCCCUGCCAUCAGAUGUUCUUGGAGCAGUUGAGGAGCACAUCCUCAGUUUACAGAAUCUCACAGAAAAGCUCAGAAAACUGCAAGAUGAGAUUCCCCAGGAAAUUAAACCUGAAACUGACAGUGUGUGUGAUGCCAAAAUAGAGUUAAACACUGAUAAUGACCAACAACAACUUCCAAAGCCACAGGAAACGUCAAGUACUGAGCAAGCAGACACCAAUGUCCAAGUUAACAGCAACAUAGUUCAGAUCAAGGCUGGAAAAUCUGAAAUUGAGAGAAGAAUACGCGCCUUCAUUGAAAGAAAGCAGAUUGAGAUCAAUGAAAACAAUAUUCGCGAGUUCUGCAAUGUCAUUGACUGUAAUCAAGAAAACAGCUGUGCAAGGACUGAUGCUGUAUUCACUCCUUAUCCAGGAUAUAAAAGCCACAUAAAGGUGUCAAGAGUGGUUAACAGUUACGGUCCACAGACCAGAAAUAAUGGGAGUGAAGAACGUGGCGAGAAGUCAAGUUUAGUUGGAGCAGACUGUGGCAAUCCUGCUGUUGAGGAACGACUUCAAAAUCUGGAGACUCACUCAAAGUUGCGUUCAGGUGGACCAGUUCCUCUUGACAUAUAUCAGAGGCUGAAAAGACUAGAAGACAGAGUUUUAGAGCUUGAAGGUCUCUCUCCUGAGUAUUUCCUGGCAACGAGCCUGCUGCCUAAAAGACAAAAAAUACAGCCUCCCCAGACAUACAGCCUUACGGAAUUAGAUGGAAAAAUAAAUGCUUUAAAAGCAACACUGAUGAAGAAAGUGAGCGAAUCCUUGUCAAUGGAGACUGGUGUGGUGUCCUAGAGAAACUCUUUCCAGACAAGGCUGUAUCAAAGUUUUUUUGUGGGACUCCUUUAUGUCGGACAAAAAGCCUGAAAAUGUUUUUCAGAGUUGUAAGAAAAGUGACCAUGACAUUUUGCUACUGAUGGCUAGAGCAGAAGUUUCUUUGUUUGCGGGAUCCUUGUGAUAAAUUAUUGGAUUUUGAUUUUUCAUGUCUAGAAAUUUUUUUGUCUGUCUUGUGGUAUGCCGGUUUUGUAGUCCACUUCUUCUGGUUUUUGUACACUGUCAGUGUGUUCGAGUCUUGAACUAAUGAAUAAAACCUCUAUACUG